GCUUGAAAGCCAGGUAGCUAAUGUGAGAGUGUCCCGCUCUCGAAUCUCGGAUUCUCGGGCAAAUAUGCGGUGAAGAAAACGAGGGAAGAGCAGUUUGCAGACUCGGAAAGAAUCUCGACUGGAGAGUUUAGUAAAAUGGCGGUAAUCGCUUAAACACUGCAAGUCCGAUUCUGUCUUCACAACCAUGUUUGGAACUCCGGCGUCUUCGCCGGCGUUUGGCACUCCUUCGACGCCUUCGUUUGCUCCGGCUUUCGGCGGUUCCCCAUCCCCCCCUCUGUUCUCUACUCCUUUUUCUCAGCAGCCACAGACGCAACAGCAGCAACAACAACAACAACAACAACAAUCGCCAUUGUUUCAGCAACCGAGCACUGGUUUUGGCUUUCAGUCUCCUUUCUCGGUACCUCAAUCCACUCCGUUUCCCCAAUCGACUCCCUUUUCCCUUUCCAAUGCUCAAUUGACUACUCAAAUGGCGCCUGUCGCCCCUCUCCCUUUCUCCCUCGCUGAUCGUGACAUACAGGCGAUCGUUGAUGCCUACAAAGAGGAGCCUGGAAACCCUAAGCACGCUUUCAAGCAUUUGUUGUUCAGUGUGACUGAUCCGUCUGCUAGAACCAAGCCUGCUGGCAUAUCAGACAUAAUGUGGGCGGAGGCUAUGAGGAAGCUGGAAGGUAUGGAGAGUGUUGAUCGAGAAAGACUUUGGCCUCAACUUGUGCAGGGCUUCAAAGAUCUUUCACAGCGGCUUAAGCUUCAAGAUGAGGUCAUAGUUUCUGAUGCCGAGAGAUUGCGAAUGACUCAAAGCAAUGUGAAGACGCUUCAACGGCAUUUUCAAGCAGAUACUAUUCCAUGGAUCCAAAGAAUGAGACAGAAAGAGCAAGAUCUUCAAAGGCGGCUCUUAAGGGUUAUGAAAAUAGUGGAGGCCUUGGAGGGUAAGGGUUGUCGAAUGCCUUUAAUGAAAUCUGAAGCUGAAUUAGCUGAGAAGUUGGCUGCAUUAGCUAGACAGCUAAAAGGACCAGGAGCAGAACUAUCUAGGAGGGUUCACAAUCUGCUUGCUAUAUCUCGUGUCCGCGCGAAUGCAAACGGUGGUGGUUCUGUUUACCUUCCUGGUUCAACCAAAAUACAUGAACAGAGCCUUGCUGAUAUGCAGGAGGUUUUACAACAGCAAACAGAGGCAAUUGCAAGGCUCGGCAAUGUGUUGAAGCGUGAUGUUAGAGACAUGGAAAUCAUCAUGGCUGAGGACUCGGGAAUGGCUGAAGAGGGAAGCAGGAAAAAUUUCCGGAUCUAACAUAACACAAACUUGGCAAAGUGAAGUGGUUAUGAUACCGAGGAAAGUGGAAAAUUUUGAUGUGUGAUUCGACAUUUUAAUUCGAUAGUGGAAAUGAUGGCUGCUCAUGUUGGCAUUAGAAAUCUGGCUGCUUUCAAUAUACUAAAUGAUGAGUUGCCCGACUAACCACAACUGGUUUCUGUUUGCUGGAACAUCUAAAUUUGCACUUCUCACCUUAAUUAGUUGAGUAAAUCAUUGUUUCUAAUUGAUCCAAGAACAAUGUCUUCCGUUGCUGAUGCAUUGCAUUGACAUCUGGGACGUUCCUUUAUGGCAACACAGUGUGGAGUCUGUGGACAUAAAGUUUGGAUUUUAAUGGAUCAUGUAAUAGAAUGCAUCUUGUUCUAA